AUGGAUUCUUCGUCUAAGCAAAAUGUUGGUUCAUCUUCUCAACAACAAAAUCUAGAUCAACAGCAACAAGAACUUGUUCCACAGAAGACUUGUACGAUUCUUUUAAAAGAAUUAGAAGUUAUCUGCGAAAUGAUGGUUGAUGUUGAUAAUAUGGAAGCACAUGAUAUUCAUCUGAAGGAUAAUAUGAUUUUUCAAGGAUGGCAAUUGUUCUUCUUUGGUUUGUGUGGACCAGUUUAUCCAGACUUGGUGAAAGAAUUCUGGGUUCAUGCAAUUGUCAUGCCAAAAGCUAUUCUCUCUAUUGUUCAUGCUGAACUCUUCUCCAUCACUGAAAAUCUUCUAAGGAAACUGUUUGCGUUGGAAACCGUUGAAGGUGUUUCUGGAGCAGUUGUAGGAAUAACAGAGUGGAAUGAUGUGUAUGAAGAAAUCUACAAGUCUAGGAAAGAGUCUUGA